CGAAGGUGUAAUGCAAUCUCAGCCGUUGAUUUGGCGGAUGCGCAGAACAGUUUGUUCUUCAUUGGCUGCAGUGACAAUGUUAUCAACUUCAACAACGAUCUUCAAACCUAAAUGUAUCGCGCAGCCUGUUUUCGAUAAUCCUAGGAACCCUAAUUUGCUCCUCCUCUCUCCUUUACUAAUCGGCGGAUUUCCUAUCUCCUUUACCUGUCGGAACAUCAUGACUAUCUCUAAAUGUUUAUCCUCGUCGUCUGCUACCUCUGCUGCGAUCCCGAAGAUGUUCGGAAUAGAGGAGGAUGGUUCAACCGCCGAUUCCGACUCUCUGGUGGUUGUCUCCUUCUAUAAGUUUGCCGAUUUCCCUGACCAUGCCGAUUUGCGGAAUCCAUUGAAGGCCCUUUGUCAGCAGCUGCGUGUUUCAGGUGGUAUAAUUCUUGCAUCAGAGGGAAUAAAUGGAAGUAUAUGUGGGACACUUGAAUCUGUGGAGAAAGUUGUUGAAUUUAUUCAAUCUGAUGAACGCCUUAAAGGGCUAAGAAUGGUGGAAUCUCCUGUCAGCCCAGAAGAUGAAGCUAUCCAUCAUGGACACUCUAGUAGUUCUCCUCUUGCUGUUGGAGAAGAUGUCCCCUUCCGAUGGGACCAUGUCAGGGUCAAACUAAAGAAGGAGAUUGUUUCUCUUGGCAUGCCUUUUGUAUCGCCCACCGAAAGAGUUGGAAAGUAUGUUAGCCCAAAGGACUGGAACACCUUGAUUAGUGAUCCUGAUACGGUGGUGAUUGACGUGCGUAAUAAUUAUGAAACCAGAAUCGGGAAGUUCAAAGGAGCAGUUGACCCAUGUACAAAAGCAUUUAGGGAGUUCCCAUCUUGGGUCAAAGAUCAGUUCCAAGAUGCUAAGCCAGAUGGUGAUGAGGAGGAAGGAAUCCAAAAGAAUAAGAGCCCUGUGGAAAAUGGACAGAAAAGAGUUGCGAUGUAUUGCACUGGUGGGAUUCGAUGUGAGAAAGCUUCAAGUUAUCUCCUAAGCCAGGGUUUCAAAGAGGUUUAUCACCUGGAAGGUGGUAUUCUAAAGUAUCUAGAAGAAAUGCCAAAGACAGAAAGCCUCUGGGAAGGGGAAUGCUUUGUGUUCGACAAACGAGUAUCAGUUGAUCAUGGUUUGAUGGAAGGGACUUUCAAGCUUUGCUACGGAUGCAAGCAGCCAGUAAGUGAUGCGGACAUGGAAUCUCCACUAUUUGAGUAUGGUGUUAGUUGUCCUUACUGUUACGCAACGAAAUCAGAAGAAGAGAAAGAGAGGGCUAGAGCCAGACAAAGGCAGUUUGAGACUUGGGGUGUUAUUGGUGGUCCAGAUAAGGGUCGUCGACCCUCGAAACCCACUGCUGACAACAAUACUAUUGCUUCUCCCAAUCUGUGAUUGCUUCAAGUUGCUAUAUAUGCUGUUGUAUCCUUUAGGCUAAAUUACAUUUUCUUCCAACAUUUUUUUGAAGAGUUGUUCUUUCUUGUUCUUGCUAUAUAUAUAUUUUGGUAAUGUUUUUUUACCCAUGAAAAAACAUAUUAUUAACCA